AUGCUUUAUAAAUUUGGUUUAGAAGCAUUCCAUGGAUCGAUUAUUUCUCUCGCCAUUAAUCGUUAUGAUCAAGCAGCUUUUCAUAGUAAUUCAACUGUACGUACAUUUGAACGAGUUGGAUUAAUUUCUGGCCUUAAUCUAGCCUGCCAAUGUAUUUAUUCUAUUCUUGUUGCACCACUUGCAAAGCGUUGGCCUACUCGUACGGUUCUCUCAAUAUCAAUUUUUACUUUUGCAAUCUUUAGUGACGUACUUAUAGUUGUUGAUAUUGCAACUGGUGAUCAUAUAAAACCAAAAGAUGUAGCUUUUGGAAUGGUUGAAUUAAUUCGGCGAGUUAUGCCAAGAGAUAUUGUUGGUGAUAAUGGUGAAAAAUUACAAAAAAUGGAUGCCCGUGUUCAUAUUUUCUAUGAAAUAGCCGGUGUUAGUGGAGCAUUUAUGACUGGUCUCGUUUUAAUUCCUCGUUUAGGAAAUCAUUAUUCAUUUAUAAUUUCACCGAUACUUUUUACAGUAGCUGCUGCUGUUUGGCUUUUCAUUAGUUCGUUUGGAUUAGCAAAAACUAACAAUUUUAAUGAUGAAUUUACUGCGAUUGAUCAAAAGAUUGAAUCAAACUAUUUUAAAUAUAUCCUAGCAGGAUUUAAUAUUUUUAUUCAAUCAUUUUUUAUUGGAGCGAAAAUAAUUUUUACACAUCGACGAUUUGUUUGGUUAUGGAGUUGUUAUGCAUUAACACUUUAUGCACAUCGAUAUGCCGAAAAUGGUAUUGCACCACAAGUAGUUUAG